AUGGCGCCGCAACGCACCAACACAACGUGGGACCACGAAUACAACACACUUCGCCGUGAAAAUCUCUUUCGAAACCCUCCAACAGACCAAACUGCAUACCCCGCUCUCCAGCUCGCCGUCGACCCCCACAUUGAAUCCUUCAAUGCCCUUUUCCGAAACGACGGCAAACCCGGCCUUCUCGAUCAUGCGCUCGCCGAAAUAGGCACAAAAACAUUUCUAGAUGGCGACGAAAGAGCGGCACCCGCCGGGAAAAAUAGGCUAACUAUUCGGUAUAAGAGUGUAACACUCCAGAAAGCCCAGGUGCCCCCAUCCAACAAGUUCGCGAAAAGGCGAGAGAUCUAUCCUUCCGAGUGCCGAGAGCGACACGUUUCGUACCGAGGGAAGUUGACGGCUGUCCUGGAAUACCGCAUAAACGAUGGCGAGCCUCAGGAGUUUGUUAGGGAAUUGGGCCAGAUGCCCAUGAUGGUCAAGUCAAACAAAUGUUAUCUCGAACACAACUCGCCAGCUCUCCUGGUACAGAGAAAGGAGGAGUCGGAAGAGCUGGGUGGGUAUUUCAUUGUCAACGGCAUCGAAAAAAUCAUUCGUCUGCUCCUCGUCAACCGUCGAAACUUCCCGUUGGCUAUCGUCCGCCCGAGUUUCACAAACCGCGGGGCCUCGUACACACCGUACGGCAUUAUAAUGCGAUCCGUUCGCCCAGACGAGACGUCCCAGACCAACGUUCUUCACUACCUCAACGACGGCAACGUUACAUUCCGUUUUUCAUGGAGAAAGAACGAGUAUCUUGUGCCGGUCAUGAUGAUUCUCAAGGCUCUCAUCGAGACGAACGACCGUGAGAUCUUCGAGGGACUGGUCGGUCCCCCGAACUCGAAGGGCAUUGAGAAUACCUUCCUGACGGACCGUGUCGAACUGCUCCUUCGCACUUAUAAGACCUACGGCCUCUACACCAAAACCCAAACCCGAGCGUAUCUGGGCGAGAAAUUCAGGGUCGUCCUCGGCGUGCCAGAUACGAUGUCGGACUAUGAGGUCGGCACGGAAUUUCUCCGCCGGAUUGUGCUUGUCAACCUUGGUUGUGUUGAUGUUACCGAGGAACAGGAUCUCGACAAAUUCAAAAUGCUGCUUUUCAUGUGCCGGAAACUCUACGCGCUAGUCGCCGGUGACUGUGCCGUUGACAAUCCUGACGCGGUUCAGAACCAGGAGAUUCUGUUGGGGGGGUUCCUGUACGGCAUGGUUCUCAAGGAACGACUUGAUGAAUUGCUAUCUGUCUCACUCAGGGGUGCGCUGCGUGACUACUUGAGGAGAAAUCCAACCACGGCUUUCACCUCAUCCAAUUUCGCAACCCAGUUCCCCACCGCCAUCUUCAAGCGGACGAACGAAAACCUUGGGAACGCACUGGAGUACUUUUUAUCUACGGGCAACCUUCAGAGUCCUUCGGGUCUCGACUUGCAACAAACCUCCGGUUUCACCGUGGUGGCUGAGAAGCUCAACUUUUUGCGUUUCAUCAGUCACUUCCGCAUGGUUCAUCGUGGUAGCUUCUUCGCCCAGCUGAAAACUACAACAGUUCGGAAACUGCUUCCCGAGUCUUGGGGCUUCUUGUGCCCGGUCCACACCCCCGAUGGAUCACCUUGCGGGCUGCUGAAUCACAUGGCCCACAAGUGCAAAAUUAUGACCGAUUCUGUGGAUGCCUCGGCCGUUCCGGGCGUUGCUCUAGAACUAGGGGUAAACGACUACUCAUCUGCGGCUACGAGCGAGAGCGUUGUGGUCAUGCUUGACGGGCGUAUCAUCGGCUGGUGCACACCUGAGGCCGCCAAGGCAGUCGCUGACAGCCUGCGGCGCUGGAAGGUGGAGGGCGGCCAUGGGAUACCGAUUCAUCUAGAGAUUGGGUACGUGCCCCCAUCAAAGGGAGGGUCGUAUCCCGGUAUCUACAUGUCCUCUCAGGCAUCUAGGAUGGUCCGGCCUGUCAAGUACUUGCCCUUGGGCAAAGAAGACUUUGUUGGUCCGCAUGAGCAACCGUACAUGUCGAUCGCAGUGACGGACGGCGAAGUGAUCCCGGGCGAUUCCACGCAUGUCGAGUUCGAUCCGACAAAUAUCCUCUCGAUCCUCGCCAACAUGACGCCUUUCUCUGACUUCAACCAGUCGCCCCGUAACAUGUAUCAAUGCCAGAUGGGUAAACAAACAAUGGGUACGCCAGGGACCGCCAUCCGGCACCGAACGGACAACAAGAUGUACCGAAUUCAGACCGGUCAAACACCGAUUGUGCGCGCCCCACUGCACAACACUUAUGGUUUCGACAACUUCCCCAACGGCAUGAACGCCGUGGUCGCCGUCAUCUCGUACACCGGUUACGACAUGGAUGAUGCCAUGAUCCUCAACAAGUCGGCGCAUGAGCGAGGGUUUGGUCACGGCACAAUAUACAAGACCAAGAAGAUUAGCCUCAAGGAUGAUUCGAGAAUUCGGUCGUCCAAGACGGCUAACAAAUUGUUUGGGUUUGCGCCUGGUAGUGUGGUCAGAGCGUCGGACCGCGAGAUGGUCGACGAGGACGGGCUGCCUUACGUCGGUCGGCUAGUCCGGGAGGGAGACAUCCUUUGCGCGUGGCACACUGUCUCGGCCGAUUAUAGUGGGCAGCUGCUCAACCGGGACGGCAUCACACACUGGGAGCGGUACAAGGAGUCGGAAGAUGCCUUCAUCGAGGAGGUGCGUGUGAUCGGCAGCGACUCGGGCAACGAACCCCUGCAGGUCAUAUCGAUCAAGCUCCGCAUCCCCAGAUCCCCCAUCAUCGGUGACAAGUUCUCCUCCCGUCACGGCCAGAAGGGUGUUGCCUCACAAAAGUGGCCCGCUAUUGACAUGCCUUUCUCGGAGACUGGUAUCCAGCCGGACGUCAUCAUUAACCCACACGCCUUCCCGUCCCGCAUGACAAUCGGUAUGUUUGUCGAGUCCUUGGCUGGCAAGGCCGGCGCGCUACACGGCCUAGCACAGGACUCAACGCCAUUCAAAUUCAACGAGGAACAUACGGCUGGGGACUAUUUCGGACACCAGCUGAUGAAAGCCGGGUACAACUACCACGGCAAUGAGCCCAUGUACUCGGGCAUCACUGGCGAGGAAUUCGCCUGCGACAUUUACAUCGGCGUGGUGUACUACCAGCGUCUGAGACACAUGGUUAACGACAAGUACCAGGUCCGUACGACCGGCCCCGUGGUGCCGACGACGGGGCAACCCAUCAAAGGUCGUAAGAAGGGUGGCGGUAUCCGUGUGGGAGAAAUGGAGCGUGACGCGCUGCUAGCGCACGGCACGGCGUUCUUACUUCAGGAUCGUCUGCUGAACUGCUCCGAUUACUCCAAAUCGUGGAUCUGCCGUGACUGUGGCUCGUUCCUGGCCGUACAGCCCACUGUGUCUCCCUUCAUCGGCAAGCGCAAGCAGGUAGGCACUGUUCGCUGCCGCAACUGCGCGCAGCGCCUGGACCAAAUCGAGGGGCUGGACUUGAUGAAGUUGGACGGCGAGAUCUGGGAGGACGGACAAGGAGUGCAAUGGAUCGGGGGUGAGAACACCACCAUAGUAGUUGUGCCGGGCGCGCUCAAGUUCCUAGAUGUGGAACUGGCCGCGAUGGGUGUAAAGCUGAAAUACCGCGUGGAUAACAAGGAUACGACGCGGAGAGGCCCGCUGAGGACGACGGCACCGAACGCGCUCCAGGGGUUGACGGCAUCGGCAUGA